UGAUAAUAUAUAAUGUGCGUGUGUUAUAUAAUGGCAUAGCAAACGUUUUAAUCUACCGUAACAACUGUAUUCAUAAAUUAGAAAAUGUAUUUGAAACUAAUUAUUUUUACAAUUCUCUCUUUAUUACUUUUGAAGUCUAAUUACACCGUUCACUGUAAGCCUAAUAGGGAACUUUAUGAGAGAUAUUUAAUUAAUGUAUUAAACCAUAUUGAAAUACAGCCUGGAUGGUCGUCAAUGGAACACUUGUAUCUUAAGCACAAAAAUAAUCAGAUUACAACCGUUAGUGACUUUAAGAAUGAAAAAACAAAUACAGAAAACUACAAAAUAAAACUCUAUAUGGUCACUAAUUUUAUUAAUUGCAGGUAUGCGGAAUUACUAGGAAUAUUUAACAAUUUACUGGAAAAUUUUAUAGCUAAGUGUAGCAACGAUCUAUCCAAAAAUAUGAAGGAUGAAUUUAAUUUUUGUGUUAUUAAACUUAGUGAUACAAUUAAACAAUCAUCAGAUAUUUUUGAAAAAUUAUCGGCUAUAAUUUCAUUCAUUGACCAAUUAGAUCUACGAAUAAUAGAUGACGACUUGGAUAAUUUAUACACUAUAGUCGAGGACGUAAAUAAUUAUAAGAGGUUUUUUCAAUGGAUAAAACAAAUGCAACCAUUGGUCACCGAACCAACUAUUAAUGAUCUCUCGAGAAAUUUAAUUAAGGAUUAUAAUGACAUAAGAAGGUUUUACGAAAAUAAUGCGAAACCAAAAUUUAAGGUACUUAUGAACAGGAUUCAAUCAAUUUGCGUUAUAAACGAAAAUCAAUUUCAGUCUGAUUUUUACAUGGACUAUUUUAUUAUAUAUGAUUAUGAAGGUGGCCAAAUUUCAUCAACGAAGUCUCAUCAAUUUAUCAUUGAUAUUAGUAAAAAAUUUCAAAUGUUUUUUGAUCAAACUUUCAAGAAAGAUUACAUAUAUAUGGGUUUUGAAAAAUUGAUUUCUUCAAAUACUUCAAGGAAUCUGAUCCCACCGGACAAUAAAUGGUUAAAAUCAGAUACAAAGGAAUACCUGAAAAAACUUAUCACUUAUCCCGGUUGGAGUAAAUUGGAUUAUAUACAAGUAAAACAACGUGGCCUUUUUUUGAGCAUUGAUAAUUUAAAAAGACCCAUUGAAAAUAAUAGUUACACCUCUGUACUAGGACACAUUGCAAUGCUCAUCAAGUGCAGAUACGUAGAAAUACUUUAUUAUUUUGACUUCGUGUUGAUUACUCUUAUAAACUCAUGUUAUAAUGAAAAAAAUGUUAAUAGUAGUUCGCAAACAUUUGAUGCAAAUACAAAAAAUGUUUUUACUCAAUGUGCAUUUUACGUUUACUCUUCAAUGAAAAUAUCAGUAAAAAUGCUCAAAUGUUUACUAAUUGCAUUAGAAAAAAUAAGAAUGUCUUCAAGAAUUCCUCCUCAGCGAACAUCAAUGAUGCCUUUAGAAGUAAUAAUUAAUCAAAUAAAAAAUUUUAUUGAUGACUUUGAAUUGAAUAAUUAUGCAGCGCCAGAUUUCAGCGAGUUAAUUGCUACUCAGUACUUGGAAAGUCUUCAAAAACUUUUAGUUGAAAAUGUAAACACUAAACUUAAUGAUAUUAUAUGUAAAAAUGUUACUUUCUGUCAAACUCUUAUUGUAUUAUUAGAUAAAAAUUAUUUAAAAAAAAAAUUGUACGUAUCGUUAGAAUUACCGUCAGAAGAGACAAAUGUUUCGUAUAAAAAGUUAUGUGAAUAUUUAAUCAAGUUCUGCAAUGAUGUAAUUUGGGAUGACUUUAGAAAUCUUGGUUUUGAGCAAACUAUUCUUUAGCUGUACUUUUGAAACUAUUAAAACCAAUAAACCUAUAAUUUAUAUUUUAUGAGUAUUAA